AUGUACAAGCUUCUUCACGAUUUUGCCACACGGCUUCAGCACUACGGCGUGGAGUUUUUCCGCAACUUGGAUGCCACCGGCGACGUCGACUUUGAGUGCCUUCAACGCGUCCGCGAGCUCAUUCCCGACGAGCUCUGGGGGCAUUUUCACGGCAUGACUCGGCCGUCGCGACCAAGGAAGAAAAAAGGCGCCGACCCAAGUACCCAGCAAGGCAGUUCGCAACGAGGCGAGCAUGACGGCAACCACAUCGGCGAGGAGGGUGCCGAAGAAGCCAACAUAGAAGUCAUCGUCUUGGUCGCACAAGCAGCGAUGAUACACAACCAGAAAGCGAAUUUUGUGCACAAGAUCGUCACGCUCUUCAACUAUCUGAAAGGCAGCAGUGAGUUUCAGCUCAAUAGCCUGAGCAAGCUCGGCCUCGGUACGACGAAGCAGACAGUCCAUGGAACGUGCAAGUUGCUUCUCAAGAGCCGCGACGGCAACAUCAAGAUGGAAGGGUUCGUGGUCUUCGGCGUGGACGAUUUGACUCGCUUCCUCCAUUUCGAGCGCAUCCGUCCGAACGGCAGUACGUACUGCGCCAUCAAGCUCGUCGUUUGCGUCAUCAACGCGGUACCGCUGUCGUCGCCGGUGCCUCGGGAUCUCUCUAAGCCACCGAACCCGCCCACAUUUUGCUCCAUGGAUUGUCUCGCGGUGGCGGGUCUCUUCGACGACAUCGUGGCCAAGAUCGGCCAUUUCCUCCCAUGGUACACGGCGCGCUUCCCAAGCAAGGGACCACGCAACGACCUUUACGGCUUUGAGCUCUACCAGUACACGGACGUGAACGAGCGCUGGCACUCGGAUUACCUCAGCGGCCUACGACUGCUGCGGAUCAACGAGAGCGAUUUCAAGUCCAUCCGCCACGCACUUCUCCAGUUUCGCAGCUGCCUCGGUGUCGAGGCGUUUGACGCCUACUUGAAGGACAACAUCAUGAUGCUCCCCGGCGACUAUUGGGCUCAGUACACGUUCAAGAAGCUCAUCAUGAUUUGCCGAUUACCCGAGAUCGAGCGCCGAGAAGUGCUCGCGACGUGGAUGCCCGAGGACGAGUUUCCGACCGAAACCGAGAUCGCACGUCUCGAGAACGUGGUUCCCAUCAACGGACUCUUGCACAUUAGCUUGACGCUCUUGGAAGCCGUGUGCCAGACGUUUGAUCCGCUCAUCAGGUUCUUGUGGCCCCAGAUCGCGCCGAACCCGAAGCUUCGGCAGACGCUCAGCCAUGCCGAGAUGAUCGUCUGCGCAGAGGUGCUGCUUGGUGGCUACGCUCUCCUUCGCGACGAUCUUGGUCGGCGCCGGCGACGAUGGAAGACCGCUGCUCUCGACUAUCUCGUACACUUUUUUGAGCACUUGCUGCCUCUUGCCGUCGUCUUCUACGACAAGUUCGUGCGCAGCGAGUGCCAUCUCGACUUGCUGCAAGCGAUCAUGCCCCACGUCGCUUUGGCCUUUGUCUUCCUCAAUCGAACCCACUACAAGAUCUCGACUUUGGAGUGGAUCAGUCAGAUUGAGCACAUUCGGAAGAGCAACGUGCUGCUCUUCAACGCCAUGCAGAAUCACACACGCUGGCUUCUUGACGAGUAUAUGGUCGAGCACCAGAACGGUGUCAUUGCUCGGAACACGAAGCACGCGACGACAGUGCACGAGUUCAUCCGCAGCGGCUACCUCGGCGACGUUCUUGGCGAGACGACAGCGGCGAUCAUGGCGAACGUGCAAGCUAUCAUCAAGGUGUUUGAAGACGCCCGCGAUCCGAAGCAGCUGACCGCCUCGCUUCGAUGGAACGCCACCAAGGAGCGGUGGGUCUGCGAAGCGAUCCAUGCACGGUUUCUUGAAGGCGUAGACAUCAAGUUGAAGUCAAUGCCCGCGAUGCUGCUGCCGCUGCUGCUGCCAUAA